AACAUGGACCUAAAGAGCGGAUGUCCUCUCACAGAGGAAAGCCUGUUGGCCAAACUCUCCCCCGAGGACCGUAGCUGCCUGCUGUCCGACAACCUCACUGGCAAAUGGUGGUACAAGGGAUGGACCACAUUACUGAAAUGUUUCCGAGAGGACGAAAAUUUGACCAUGGCGGGGCGAAUGAUCAUCGAAACAAGAUGGACAGAGGUCCUCCAGAACCGACUGGCCAUUGCUAGGAAACUGCCUCUCGUUGACGUAUCUAAGUGUCCAAUAAAGAGACCUAUUUUCAUCAUCGGACCCUGCCGCACCGGGACGACUUUCCUGCUGAAUCUUCUGUAUCAGGAUCCCAAAAAUACAUCCCCCAGGUACUACGAGACGAUGCAUCCGGUGAUAGAAACACCCACAGAAAGGGAGGAUUCCCGCGUGGAGGCGGAACGCAAAGCCUUAACUGAGAUGUACGAGGCAGUGCCAAAGGUCAAGGCCAUGCAUAAUAUCGUGGCAGACAACCCCUACGAGUGUUUCCGUCUGAUGGACAAUUGUGGGAUAUUCAAGGCGAAUACUUUGUUGACCAACCACCCAGAAGAGUAUCUAGCCUGGCUCAACUCACUGACCGAGGAAGAAAAGGAAGACGCCUACCGUUUUCAUAAAUUGCAGAUUCAACUCAUUCUCCUCGCCCGGGGUUCGGAUGACAUCAAUAAGCAACUAGUUUUCAAAGAGUCAACCCACAGUCUCUAUCUGGACGCCAUUUUGAAAGUGUAUCCCGACGCCACCUUCAUCCACACCUACCGUGACCCCUGCGAGGCUAUCGCUUCUCUCUGUUCAAUCGCGGAGUCGUUCAAAGGUCUUGGAUACGAGCCGGCGAACCUGGACUUGAAAAAACUCGGUGAGAAUAUGGUGGCUAUCCCACUGUUCCACAGUGGAUUCAACAUGAUGGCAUUUAGAAAGUCGCACCCAGAAGAAGAACACCGCUUCUGUGAUAUUGCCUACAGUGAUAUUGUCAAAGACCCCUUGAAUGUCGUGAAGAGAAUCUACGACCGCUUCGGGCUGGAAUUAACCGCAGAAGGAGAAACCAUCAUGGCGGCUUACGUCAAAGACAAUCCACAAAACAAAUAUGGCCAACAUCAGCAUUUAUUGGAGAGAUAUCACCUGACAAAGGAAUAUAUUCUUAAGUAUUUCAAAGAGUACAUAGAGUUUUCUGAAGUUAGGUGUUGA